GGCAUAGAGAAAGAAAGCGAUCUCAAAAUAAGAAAAAAGAAUAACGUUAGUCAUAUGUUUCCCUGAAUAUCGCUGUUACGGAGUGCAUAUUACGGCUUUGAAGGGAAAACAACCAUUGGAAGCUUGGCUGCAACAAAAAAUACCGACGACAAAACAAAUGAACGAUGUCGGCGGUAUUUCAAGGUAAAUUGGCAGAAAAUUUAGGCUUUGGCCACAUUUUGGAGAUUGGAGCUCAAGUGGAGGCGGAGGGUUCAUGGUUCAGCAUAUCCUUGGCCACGGGACGCUUCCAAGAGCGAGAUAACAUCGAUAUCGGCCUACACAUGAUCGUUAAUACGCAACAUGAGAAAAUCAUGCUAAAACAACAGAUUGAUGGAAAUUGGCUGGAAGUGGCAGACAAGGAGUACAACACCGAUGAGUUCCAUCAGCCGUUCAAAAUCAACCUAAUUAUGGAUGAGCAAAAGUUCCACAUCAGCAUCAAUGGGAAUCCGUUGAUGUUUGUAGAGUACAAGGUCCCAAUUGAGGAUCUAAAUACUUUGAAAAUUACCGGGCACUUGGCACAGAUCACUCAAAUCGAUCAUCGUAAAUAUUUCCCCCGGCCCUGGCCUCUGGUGCAAUUGGCGGAGACACGGGUACAUUUUAGCCACGACAUACCCAUGGCAUUUCAGCCGGGCCAUGUUAUGGUUAUUAUGGUCAAACUGAGGGGUGAUACCAAGGGUCGCUUCAUAAUGCAUUUUCGCAAUGUCAUGAACUUAAAACGGCAAGAGGUGCACAUUAGUAUGCGAUUCGAUAAGAAGAAGGUUAUACGUAACUCAAAAUUGCCGACACGCAACAAAAAGGAUAAUCCCGAAAAAAUGGUAUUUGGUUCGGAAGAAAAGGAUGGCCACUUUCCGUUUGAGGAUUUUUCAACUCCCUUCAAAAUUGCCGUUGCUUUCACUGAGACGCAUUUUCGCAUGGCCAAGGAUGGCACUUAUCUCUUCGACUAUGCCCUGCGUACACCUGAUGUUUUAACAAAUAUCUCUGGAGUCAAAAUCUUUGGCAUUGAUGGUGUCUCGGUACGAGUCAGCUCCAUUGACCACUUUCAUUUGGACGAUGCUUCGUGUGAGGGUUUCGAAAAGUUGUCGGACAAGAAAUUUAAAUGAUUUAAUGCUAACAAAUUUAUGAAAUUUUUUAAUUAUAUAGAGCAUUAAUGUAUGGGUAGGAGACCCAAUAUAAGUAUUACUAUUUUGAUAUGUGAUUUUUCACAGGAAUUCAUAAAUAUUUGUGUGAGUUUUUGCGAAAUUCUCCUACAAUGCAUCAUUUUAGAACGAUGACAUCAAAGACGAAAUUAUUGUUCAUCAAAUUUCAUUAUCAGUUACCAAAGAAAAGAAAUCUCCAUAGCCAUUACAUAUCAAGAAAAAUUUGCAUCAUUAUUACCAAAAAACAAAA